AUGGCGAUCAAGCACAACAACCAGAUUCUCAACCAGCACUUCCACAAGGACUGGCAGCGUCGUGUCCGCGUGCACUUCGACCAGCCUGGCCGCAAGCACCGCCGUCGUGAGGCCCGUCUCGCUAAGGCCGCCGCUGUUGCUCCUCGUCCGGUUGACCAGCUGCGCCCCGUUGUGCGCUGCCCUACCGUCAAGUACAACCGCCGUGUCCGUGCUGGCCGUGGUUUCACCCUCGCUGAGCUGAAGGAAGCUGGUAUCCCCAAGAAGCUCGCUCGCACCGUCGGUAUCGCCGUUGACCACCGCCGUGUCAACUACUCCAAGGAGUCGCUCGUCGCCAAUGUUGCUCGCCUCCAGGACUACAAGGCUCGCCUGAUCCUCUUCCCCCGCAAGAGCGGUCAGUUCAAGAAGCUUGACUCUUCCGCUGAGGAGGUCAACGCUGCCAAGGCUGCUUUCGCCGAGGGCAAGACCGAGGGCUUCGCCACCCGUGUCGGUGGUGCCCUCCCCAUCAAGAACGCCACUCUCGCUGAGGCCGUCACCGAGGUCAAGCGUGACGACCUCCCCAAGGGUGAGGAGGCUGCUUACCGCCGGCUGCGUGAGGCCCGCAGCGAGGCUCGCUACAAGGGUAUCCGGGAGAAGCGUGCUAAGGCCAAGGCUGAUGAGGAGUCUGCCGCCAAGAAAUAG